CCUGUAUUUUUGUGUGCAAAACUUUUGAAUCUGUUUCCCUUGUGCUGAGGCGCCUCUGUGUAGACGAGCAGCUGAGGGAAUGAUCCCUGUUGCUGUCGUUUCCCUCCUCUGGUCUUGGAGACGCCAGAACAGACCCGGAGCGGUGUCCCGUCUCCAUGAGGAGGGAGCCCGGCUCUGAUUCAUAUUUUUGACGCCAUUAUUUCCCUCCCUUCCACCUUAGAGUUUUUCUAUAUUUUGUAUAUCUUUUUUUUUUUGUUCGAGUCAAAGUACAACCUGUAUCCCAUUGCCAACCCAAUCAUUUUUUUUAUGAAUUAAGAAAAACAACCCUCUCCUUGAAGGGAACUAGUAGGCCUACCCCGUUCCGUUAACUGGACGUCACGGUGCGUCCGUAAAGUGGCCGACUGAAGCGGGGCGUCCGGUGGCAUUUUUGAGACGUCCUCAUACCGUACCGGGGCCCUGCAGCCCUCCACCUCAAUGAUGGAGAUUCACUGUAAGCACGAUCCGUUUGCAGCAAUGCACAGACACGGCGGAGUGAACCAGCUCGGAGGUGUGUUUGUAAACGGCAGGCCCCUCCCAGAUGUAGUUCGACAGCGAAUAGUGGAACUAGCCCACCAAGGGGUUAGACCCUGCGAUAUCUCACGCCAGCUACGAGUCAGCCAUGGAUGUGUCAGCAAAAUACUGGGCAGGUACUAUGAAACGGGCAGUAUCCGUCCCGGGGUAAUCGGGGGAUCCAAACCAAAGGUUGCUACUCCCAAAGUGGUCGACAAGAUUGCAGAUUACAAACGCCAAAACCCCACCAUGUUUGCCUGGGAGAUCCGAGACAGGCUCCUGGCCGAGAGAGUGUGUGACAAUGACAGCGUCCCCAGUGUCAGCUCCAUCAACAGGAUCAUUCGGACAAAGGUUCAGCAGCCGCCCGGCCAAACAGGCUCAGUGUCGGCUCACACCUUAGCAACGUCCGUGGCGGCAACACAAGUGUCAGCAGUGACCAGCGACUCAGCCGGCUCCUCGUACUCCAUCAGUGGCAUUCUGGGUAUCAGCUCAGCCGCCGAUGUGGGCAAGAGGAAGAGAGACGAAGGUCUGCAGGAUUCACCGCUGACCAAUGGGCACGGCCACAGUGGGCGGGACUUCCUUAGGAAGCAGAUGAGAGGGGAGCUGUUCUCCCCGCAGCAGAUCGAGACGUCAGAUUAUUCAGCCAUGGCCUCACUAGCUGGCGGACUUGAUGAGAUGAAGAACAGUUUGGCCAGUCCUGGAACAGGAGCGGAGUUAGGAGCCAGCAUGUCAGGUCCACAGUCCUAUUCACUUGUUCCAGGUCGCGACCUAGCCAGCACCACUCUGCCAGGCUACCCUCCUCAUGUUCCUCCCACUGGACAGGGCAGCUACUCCACCCCCUCCCUCACUGGCAUGGUACCUGGGGGAGAUUUUUCCGGAAGUCCAUAUUCCCAUCCCCAGUAUUCCACAUACAACGAAUCAUGGAGAUUUCCUAACCCCAGCUUACUAGUGUUUCAGCAGGAUUAUGGGUCUCUCCUGGGGACGGAAAUCGGCUGCUCCUCCAGUCUCUUCACCAGCCAGGCAGGACAGAUGCAAGGUUCACCGUAUUACUACAGUGCAACAUCACGAGGGGCAGGCCCUGCUGGCACUGCAACAGCCUCUGCCUACGACCGCCACUGACCCCUCAUACUGAGAGAAGCGGAGGAAGAAGAGAAGGAAACGGGGGAGGGAUGAGGGGACGGAUAGCACCAGCACUGCACAGUGCAAACCUGCCUACACACGGACAACAAUGAGGAUGAAGAUUACAAAUUUUGACGUCAGUGAAGUUUAAAUUUUCUUUGAUUGACACUUAAGUCAACAAACGCACUGCUGGCUGCAACACAGACCAACUGUGUGGGUAUGACAUCACUGUGAGGACACAGGCAUGGCAGUGUCAAUAACUGAUAGAUUUACUGUAGGACUGGUCAGAAGCAAGUUAAUUUGGACCCUACCACAAUAAAUCAAGGCUGGGCUUCUUUUAACCAAUUGUCUACAAAUCCAAGAAGUCAGUGCAGUGAGUGUGCAGCAGUGAUUGUGAUCUUCUGGGUAGGAUGUUGUGUUUACAGGUUGGGGACAUUUUUUUAGGAAAUUAUUUGAGUUAAUUUAAGCAAAAUCACUUUUUUCAAACAGUCUUUAUAGGCCCCGAAACAAUCAAACAAUUUUCUAUGCUAUGGUGAAGUAAAGACAAUCCAAUUCUCAUAACUUUGAAUGACCAAAAUCCCCCAUAUCAUUAUCAUUCUAGUCUCCUUAGAUUUUACACAUUUUCCCUGGGAUCACAAUGGUAGAUAAAUGGGAUACCAUGACUUUUAAUGGUGGUGUUCAGUUUCACGUAUCACUAAGCCCCGCCCCCAUUAGCUACUGUUGCUAUGCCCAUCAAGCUUUCUAUUCUCGCGCGGCUCCCAUGCAGCCGACAAAGACACCAGCGGCAGAUUUACCGUCAAAACUGUAAGGGCUUUUGAAACAAUGGAUCCUUUCAGACAGAAGUAGACAAAAACAGCAUUAGCCAAUUUGGCCUGUAGUUUAAUCUAUCAUCACACUUUUGCCAUUCUGUUUUUGGUUUGGAAAAAAAGCUAGAAGAUUCCGCCUCCAAUCUGUUUAAAUGUAGAGUGGGCCCCAUGAACACUGCUUCAACAUGUAGAGAUAUCCUGAUCUUGACACGCCGGCCAUGCCCAGUUAUGGUUGCUAAGCUACAAAUGGAUAAUCGCUGUCUGGGGAUGAGGUUUAGCAAACGCUCAAUUUCCAGUGGUUGUUGCCUGUUCCCUAAGUGUAUCAAAGAACAUCCACACUUGCAUUUAAAUUGGUUUGAAUGCCAUUGACUGACAGACCUUUCAGUAAAAGCACAGCCUAAACCCUGAGCCCUCUACUAUAAAAUGAACAUGUGUACAUGUUCACAUCAGACCAAAAUCAAAUCCACCAGGGAUGGUUGUUGUACAGGAAGGUGCUAUCCUACCUCCAUAGCCAAGAUUUAGUCCUGAUCAAGAGCUAUUUAUAAUGGGAGGAGACACAGAGUAAUAUAUUAAGAAGCUUUUCUGCGCUGCGCUCCGUAAUGAGAGUGAAUGCCUGUAAUGAUUUAUAUGUGUCACACUGUUGUGCUAGAAUAGUGAUAAUGAUGAUGAUGAUGAUGAUGAAGAUGCAGUGAAAUAUGAAAUCUUAAACAUUUUCAAUUUGAAAAGAAGUCUUUGUUUAUAAAUAUGAUCAGAUUGCGAUUUUCCUGUUUAUAGUUUGUUGCCUGGUAUCAGUUGACACAGGUGCCAUUGAAUAAGACGCCAUUUGUAUCUGCUUCCUGAAUACUGAUAAGAAGAACAGGGAAGCAGGGCUCUCUUUCUCUCUCUGUCUCUCUGUCUCUCUCUCUCUAUUUCUCUCUUUUAACUCCCCAAAGAUGGGCCCCCCUAGUGGAUCGGCUGACUAACUACAAAAGCACAAAGAGACUCAAUCAUCAUUUAAAGGCGCAAAUUUUACUUUUUUGACAUAAUUUUAGAACCAUCACAUACUUCUUCCCUUUUCUUCUUAUUAUCCCCCUUUUGAGUGCUUGUCCUUGUGCUGUUUGAUAUCCUGAAAUUGUUUCUAUAAAGAGAAAUGCUUUUGUGACAAAACAAGUGAAACUGUUUUAUUUUUGUUUGUCUUCUACAUUAGUUCUGCGCUGUGACAAUGUAUGACACCAGGGUUGAGGCCUUACCCAUCAUGUACAGACAGAGUAGGACAGAUUCGCCCUUCAGCACUGAUCUAAAUUCAGUGUGUUAUCCCUUGCAAAUGUUUGAGGGCCCAGUGUUGACCUUGUGAGAGGGCAAUAUCUUCCCUAACCGGUAUGUAGCUUCUCAAUUCUGUCCAUACAAGAUUUGUACAGUAAUCAGUGAACAAGAAGAGAAGUCACAAUGUCAAUAGCAAUUUCAAUUAUUCACAUUUAAAUUUAGAUUUUAGUGAUGAAGUUUUCUUUUGAUAAAAAAAAAAAAAGACUAAGAGCUGUGUGUUGUUGUUUUAGCCAUCGUCUACAAGUGUUUACAUAUCUUUUGUUUGUUUGGGGUGUGUGUGGCUGACCGUAGCGCUUCAUUGCUACUGUGUAGUUUUACUAGCGAACAGAUUGAAGGCACCCAAUCUGCAGCGUAAGACAUAAAAUAUAGCUAUAUAAACAUAUACCUAUAAAACUGAACAAAGCUGUUAGUUUCUCAAUUUUUUGUUGUUUCUGGGUUUUAAAAUAGUAAUAGAGUGGAUCCUUUUACAUUUGUAGAACUUAAAAGUUGUGUGUGCACAACUCUAAAACAGAUUCUUCUGACGGCUCGCCUGCUGUGCUGCCAGCGUGCACCGUAGCAGGAGCCUUUCCUUAUUUCUGUCUUUCUCGCUUGAUUCUGAGGCAUUAUUGAACCUGAACCACACCAGCU